AUGGCUAUGGAAGGCGUCUAUCCUAGUAAAUCAUCACUGGCAUAUACUCUCCGUCCUAAUAAAUAUCGGAUUCCAAAUGACUAUAUAGUAGAAACAACUUGGGGUAGAAGCAAAAAUCAGUUUUCUUCAGCUAAAUCAGCUAUCAAUGCUGCAAAUUUAUUUCAUGAAAAAUACACUUUUUAUGAAGGAACUAAAACAUCAGGCAUUUAUUUGUUUGGCCUCCAUCUUAAAACAUUAGAUACACGAACUACAAAUAUUGGAAAACAAAUGUUAAUUGAAUUCAAUGAAAAAGCGCCAAAACUUUACAAUUCAGAAGAUAUACCAGUAUUGGAAAGUAUCAGUUAUUCUGUCAAAAAGCAUACUUUUGAUGUCAACUAUAGGGAUGGAGACAGAGCUAAAAAGAAACAAAAAAAUGAAUCAAUGAUUAGGGUGUUAGACGAAAGAAAUAUUUCACGAGAUACUUAUCGAUAUUUGUGUGCUAUAGAGUUCAACCUACCUCGUGAAGGGGCAAUAGCCAAAGAACGCUAA